AUGUUCAUAUUUGUGUAUACUGGAUGCGAUCCAAAACAGCAGCCUGAUGCUUCCACAGGAGGUAAACUUCGCAUUGUCACAACGAUCGGUAUGAUUACCGAUAUUGUAAAAAAUGUUGGUGGUGAACGCGUUGAGGUCACAGGAUUGAUGGGUCCCGGUGUAGAUCCACACCUCUAUAAGGCGAGUGCAGGUGAUGUCCAUAGGUUAACUUCAGCACAAAUCAUUUUCUUUAACGGACUGCACCUUGAGUCAAAAAUGGGUGAUAUCCUUGCCAAGAUGACAGGAAAUACCAAGACUGUUGCCGUAACAGAUGCCGUUGACCGGAACUUACUGCUAACACCACCGGAAUUUGAAGGGCAGUAUGACCCGCAUGUAUGGUUUGACGUAACGCUUUGGAUGAGAGCGGUGGGAAAGGUUCGCGAUACCCUGAGUGAAUAUGAUUCGGAUAACACGCUAAUGUACUGGAGCAAUGCCGAACGCUACCUCGCGAAACUCGCGGAACUGCAUGAGUACGUGAAGGCACAGUCGGCACGCGUGCCAUCUGAACAACGCGUACUCGUAACAGCACACGACGCUUUUAACUAUUUCGGGAAGGCUUAUGGGUUUGAGGUGCGCGGGCUACUGGGUAUUAGCACCGCAACAGAGGCAGGUAUUGCUGAUGUCCAGGAAUUGGCGACCUUUAUAGCUGAGAAACGCAUUCCCGCAAUUUUUGUGGAAUCCUCUGUUUCGCCGAGGAGUCUUAAAGCAGUCCAAGCGGCUGUGAACUCAAAAGGUUUUAAUGUGGAGAUUGGAGGGCAACUCUACUCCGACGCUAUGGGUAACGAUGGAACGCCUGAAGGCACUUAUAUCGGGAUGGUUCGCCAUAAUAUUGAUACGAUUGUGACUGCACUCAUUGGGGGAACGUCCGCCAGUUCUAUGGUGGGACCGUGA